AAUACUCACAAAAGACUUCAUGCUUUUCCAACACCCCACCAAACACAUCUCACAUUACAUUCUUCAAAAGCUAACUAUGGAGUGUUGCCACAAAACAAGGAGCCAUCUACAUCUUCAAAUGAGAGAGAUAAUAUUGUUAUUUGUGGUGGUGAUAGUGGUGGCAAGUAUGGGAGUAGUUGAGGGAAGAAAAGUAAGAAAACUAGAAGGGUCAUUAGAGUACACGGCGAUAAGCUGCAGAGGGCACAGUGCAUCAAUUGUAGAAUUUGGAGGGGUUGGAGAUGGAAAAACGCUAAAUACAAGGGCCUUUCAGGAAGCAGUGAAUUCAUUGAGCCAAUACGGCUCAGACGGUGGGGCUCAGCUCUAUGUCCCAGCUGGUCAAUGGUUGACCGGCAGCUUCAAUCUCACAAGCCAUUUUACUCUCUUUCUUCACAAGGAUGCCACCCUUCUUGCUUCACAGGAUAUAAAUGGAUGGCCAGUGAUUGAUCCUCUGCCAUCCUACGGCCAUGGAAGAGAUGCAGCCGGGGGAAGGUACAUUAGCCUCAUAUUUGGGACAAAUCUCACUGAUGUCGUUAUCACAGGUGAUAAUGGCACGAUCGACGGCCAAGGUUUACUUUGGUGGCAAAAAUUCCAUGGGAAAAAAUUGAAAUACACUCGGCCCUAUCUACUUGAGAUCAUGUAUUCAGAUACCAUUCAGAUUUCCAAUCUUACGUUUUUAAAUUCUCCAUCAUGGAAUGUCCAUCCCGUUUAUAGCAGCAACAUUCUUAUACAAGGGAUUACAAUUUUGGCUCCAGUUCAGUCUCCCAACACCGAUGGAAUUAACCCGGAUUCUUGCUCAAACACGAGAAUAGAAGACACAUAUAUUGUCUCCGGAGACGAUUGUGUGGCGGUUAAGAGUGGUUGGGAUGAGUACGGGAUAUCAUUUGCCAUGCCGACAGAUCACUUGAUCAUCAGACGGCUCACGUGUAUAUCGCCUUACAGUGCCGCCAUUGCAUUGGGAAGUGAAAUGUCAGGUGGGAUUCAGGAUGUGAGGGCGGAGGACAUCGUCGCCAUCAACACCGAAUCAGCAGUCCGAAUCAAGACUGGGGUCGGGCGUGGUGGAUUCGUAAAGGACAUUUAUGUAAAAGGUAUGACCCUGCAUACCAUGAAAUGGGUGUUCUGGAUCACCGGAAACUAUGGGUCUCAUGCUGAUGAUCACUGGGACCCAAAUGCUAUUCCAAUCAUCCAGAACAUAAAUUACAUGGACGUGGUCGCGGAAAACGUGACAAUGGCGGCUCGAUUGGAGGGGAUCUCGGGGGAUAGUUUUAAGGGGAUUUGUAUAUCGAAUGCGACUAUUGGUAUGCGUGUGAAGGCCAAAAAAGUGCCAUGGACAUGUAGUGAUAUUCAAGGGGUGACUAGUGGUGUAGUUCCUAAGCCUUGUGACUUGUUGCCUGACCAAGGGGCAGACAAGAUUGGAAUGUGCAAUUUUCCACAAGAGAAACUAGAUAUAGACAAUAUUGAAAUCAAGAAGUGUUCUUAUCUAAUGAGCUCAUUGUGAGGGGUUGCUUUUAUCUAUCUCUUGUAGUCUGUUUAUUUUCGGACGCUACUCAUAUUUUAUGCAUUAAAAAUUGUACAUCAUGUUUGAAUUGUUGCAUCUAUAUUCAUAUGGAGUUAAUGGAAGGACCUUUUGAUGAAUAA